AUGGACGGUCACAGUAUUACUUGGCAAACGUCACAAGAAGUAAAGUACAAAGGGCAACAUCAGUCGGAGACAUUUUUAAAAGUAAGAAGACACCUUAAAAUUAACACAUUAAUUUACAAAAAACAAUUUGAUAGCUUUAGAAAGCUGUAUAUGAUAUGUUCAAUUGUGGUCAUUAUUUUAACCCUUUUAUGGGGAUUGCUUCUUUGCGGUGCCCCCUGCGGCUGUGGACUAAACUCCCGUACCAUCCCGCUUCUUUUAUCGGGGAUAUUCUUGUGCGCCAUAGCCGUACUUCCGGUGUGGAUUUUGGGAACCGCAGCGUUUCUUUUGGGUGGACACGGGGAAAAUCUUGUAUGUAGGCCUUUGUACGACCAGCAUCAAUAUAAUAUAUUGGGCAAGUUGCUGGAUGCCAAUGGUAUGCUAUAUCCUGAAGGAGGAUUUUUUGAAGAUUUUAAGGGAAAUGAGUCGCUCAAAGUAAAAAAUGUCCUAAGACCAACGAGACGAGACUUUCAUAAAGUCUUAUCUCGUCUCGCCGAUAAAAUAAAAAGUCUUGUAUCAAGUCUCGUCUCGUCUCGUCUCGUUUCUCGUACGAGAGUCUCGCCAAAGUAUCGAAAUCCCUUCAUGGAUAAUUUUGUUCCAGUCCAAAAUACUUUCCUGCGAGACUCUCGCACGAGACUUCAGAAGUCUCGCUCGAGACUCGAGACGAAACCAAUAAAAGUAUCGUCUCGUCCGGUCCAAAUAUCGUCUCGAGUCUUGCUCGAAAACGAGACGAGACCAUGCGAGACCCUCGAAAACGAGACUCUCGUGGGAAUCACUAGUAUACGCCACGCGUAUGACUACCCUUGUGAUUUUUUUCCUUACAUAUUAAUUCGUGUCUGA